UUUUAAUUAAAUAGUCCUAAUAAAUAAAUAAAUUAACUCGCUAUUGCACAGCCUCGGUAAAUGCUGCACAACGCCACUGCUCGAGCUCACUUCGUGGAAUGUCUGCGGACGCGGCAGGCAGAGUAUAUAAAUGAGGCUGGUUUACGGGGCGCCCCUACCCCGCCGCAGCGACUUCUCAGCCAAUCGCACAGUACGGCACAAUACGUUGAGUUUUCGUGGCCAUAUAUGGUAUUCCGCGGCAGGGAGCCUGCGCGCGCCGCCCGGACCCCUCACGCACCCCCGCCGCUGAUAGCGCGCCUCUUGAUAACGUCGACAUCUCAAACGGGUGCUCACAUUGAACACUUGGCGAUCAGACGGUCGCCUCAGACAGUAACGUACUGUGUUUGCGCGUAUACACGAUAUACAUGAUAAUGAAAGUUCAACACUUAUUGGCACACUUCCAAUAAGACAGCUGUUAGAAUUGCAUUGAAUACCGUACUGCAGACGAGAAGCGGGAACGCAGCAAGUGGCGCUUAUCUGACAUAGUCAGUGGUGCAUGUUCCCACAUCAAACUGACACUUAUUAUUUUUACUGAUGUUUAGUGAUAAUAGGUGUCACAAGAACUAAGAGAUGUACUCCUAGUACCUACAUUUAUUAACUGGG